AUGGCGUCGCGCGUCCCGACCGUAGCCCCCUCGCUCGUCUCGCGCGCACUGAGCAGUGGCGCCGGCGCCGCGGCGGUGCGCACGCGGAUGCCGAUCGCGGGCGCCCGCGUGGACACCGGCAUGUACACGGACACAGGCGGCAGCGGCGCCGACUCGACCGCCCUCUCGGCCUCGCUGGAGGAGGCGUCCGCGAAGGCCGUGGCCGUCUACCGCACGGCGCUGCGCGACGUGCCCGCCAUGCGUGUCAACUUCACCAUCAUCGAGGACAAGGCGUUCUUGUACGCGUGCAUCCGCGACUUGUUCGAGCGCCACCACGAGGUCACCGAUCCCAAGAUCGUCGACAUGCUCGUGUUCAAGGGGAGGCAGGAGCUGCGCGAAAUUCGCGAGCAGUGGAAGAGUAGGCAUCACGUGUAUGGGCAUAUCCAUGCGUAUAUGGACAAGAUGAUUAGGGAGGAGGCGUCGAGGAGAGCGGCGGAGCAGACCGGCGGCGCUGAAGAGAAGAGGUUGGAGACGCUGAGAGCUUGGAAAACGAGGGGACUAGUGCCGCAGGAGGUGCAAUCCUGGGGGCAGUAUCUCAGGUGGAAGGAGGAGGAGGACCUCAAGUUCAACGCUUUCGCCGUUGACAAUAAGCUCUUCACGCAUGAUCAAUUGGAGAGGAAUGCCAAGGCGCAGUCGUCGUCAUGUACUAUUAUGUAG